AACAAAGAUUGAAAGAUGUGACGUCCGCCAUUUUGUGUGAUGACUGGACAGUACAAGAUGGCGGCGCGUGAGUUCCGGUUCUUGUUUUUAUUGGCGCUGGCGUUUCUUGUGGAGGGAAGAGACAUUUGGACUAAUGGAAGCUGGUUCAACAUGGGGCUCAUAGACUUCGAGAAAUGGUCAAAUCAGCCAGGACUAUUCACCGAGAAAUCCAGACUAUGCGCAAAGAUUCGCGGUUUGACGCCAGGUCAACGGCGCAUAUGUCGACGGCAUAAGGACCACAUGCCUGCGAUAAGUGCUGGAGUGAAGGAGGGUAUCAACGAAUGCCAGUUCCAGUUCAAGGGAAAAAGAUGGAAUUGUACUACUACUGGUGACGAGACUGUGUUUGGACCUCUUACUUUGAUUGGGUCUCGCGAAACAGCUUUUACACACGCGAUAACAGCUGCUGGCGCGUCGUUGCACGUCGCACGCGCAUGCCGCGAUGGCAGAUUAACCAGUUGUGGUUGUAGCCGCACGCAGCGCCCACGAAAUUUGCACGCCGACUGGGUGUGGGCUGGCUGCGGCGUGGACCUCGAGUAUGGAUACAGAUUCACUGAAGGGUUCAUCGAUAUCCGGGAGCGAGAGCGUAAAGUAAAGCGAGGCAGUCAGGAACAGGGCAGACAGCUGAUGAACAGACACAAUAACGAAGCAGGUCGUCGGGCAGUGAUAAAGAAAUCACGUGUAACCUGCAAGUGCCACGGCGUAUCGGGUUCCUGCAGCCUCAUCACGUGCUGGCAGCAGCUAGCUUCCCUUAGAGAAAUUGGUGACUAUCUUCGAGACAAGUAUGAAGGAGCGACGGAAGUGAAGGUGUCUCGUCGAGGCAAGUUGCGCCUCAGCGAUCCCCAUUACAGCUUGCCCACAGCUCAGGAUCUCGUCUAUUUGGAAGAAUCACCCAACUUCUGCGUUAAAAAUGAGUUUUUGGGUUCUCUUGGUACAACUGGCCGCGAAUGCAACAGGACGUCAGCGGGCAUGGACGGAUGUUCGUUGAUGUGUUGCGGUCGGGGGUACAACACGAAACGGAUUACGGUUAAAGAGCGGUGCAACUGCAAGUUCCACUGGUGCUGCCGCGUCGAGUGCGACACUUGCAUGCAGACUGUGGAGAUUUACACCUGUAAAUAAGUGUAUGGUAUUACAUCAUGUGGACACCGACCUCUCACAAAGCGCUGUAUAUGCUUCUCUUAUUCUGUCGUGGAAACACACUCGUACCAUCUCGCCGGUCGAUUCUAGCUACCUAAAUAAUAAAUAAAUAUUAGAUAAUAAUAAUAAUAAUAACGCUCACAAUCAAC